AUGAUCAUCCUGCGCGCUACUUCUUCUUGUCUGACCACGCUCGGAGGGGCCGUGCUUGCCGUGGUGUUGGCCUACUGUCUCGCCAGUGUGUUCAACCCCGACAUGCAAGCCCACGCCGAACCGCACCCCUUCACCAUCCGCGACCUCACCGCGGUCCAGCGCGUUGGCGACCUCUCCGUCUCGCCCAACGGACUGCUCGCCGCCUUCACCGUCCGUAAGUGGGGCCAUGUGCGGCGCGUGACCACGAAGGAGGGCGUCAGCGACAACAGCCCGUGCUGGAGCCCCGACAGCGCCCACCUCGUCUUCCUCUCCUCCCGCUCCGGCUCCUCUCAGGUGUGGGGCGUGAAGGCCACUGGCGGCGAGGAUGCCGUCUAUCAGCUGACCGACCUGCCGCUGGACGUGGAGAGCCUGCGCUGGUCGCCCACAGGCGAGUACCUGUCGUUCUCUGCGAGCGUGUACCUGGACUGUCCCGCCGAGCAGAUGUUCCAGUGCACCGCCGACAAGAACAAGGAAGUCGAAGCCCGCGGUCCCAACACCGGAUUCGUGUACACGAGCCUCUACGUGAGGCGCUGGGACGCCUACGUGACCGAGGGAAAGCACAACAGCCUCUUUGUCCUGCGCCUCGCCAAGACCGUCGACGGCUCUGGAUUCAAGGCCCUGUACCCGGCGCUUCCCAUCUCGUACGGCCUCAAGGCGGCCGCUCCCGUGCCUCCCUUCGGCGGGGCCGAGCAAUACGCGUGGUCGCCCGACGGCAAGGAGAUCGCCUUCACUGCGGAGAUGAUCAACCACGAGACGGCGUGGAGCACCGGCUGGCGCAUCUUCACCGUGGCCAUCGGCCAGCACGGUCCCGAGACCGGUAGCCUCCGCAACAUUGUGGACAAUGUCACCAAGGCGCGCACCCAGAACCCGACCUACUCGCCCGACGGCAAGUACCUGGCCUACCAGGCGAUGGACCGUCCCGGGUUUGAGGCCGACCGUCUGCACGUCAACCUUUACAAUCGCCUCCAGAAGACCACCGCUCCCCUCACCGCCCACUGGGAUCGAUCGGUGGACGGCGUGCUGUGGUCGCUCGACAGCCAGUUCCUCGUCGCCGACGCCUCCGACAACGCCAACCACAAGCUGUGGACCAUCAGUGUGCCGUCGGGCAAGGUCGAAGAGCUGGUGGGCGCCAAGCACAACGCGAACCCGCAGUGGGCCAGCCCCGACCUGCUGCUCUUCUCCCGGGAUUCGCUGAUGUCGCCGGCUGAUCUGUGGUCGCUCCGGAUGGACACCCGGCAGGUGUCGCGGCUCACCGACAUCAACGCCGACAUGCGGCGCGAGACCAUCAUGUCGACCCCCGUCUCGUUCAACUUCGAGGGCGCCGGCGACUCAGUGCAGGCGUGGCUCUUCAAGCCUGUCAACUUCGAGGCCGGCAAGAAGUACCCGCUGGCUGUGCUCAUCCAUGGCGGUCCGCAGGGCGCCUGGGAGGACGCCUGGUCGUACCGCUGGAAUCCCCAAAACUUGGCCGGACACGGCUACGGCGUGGUCGCGAUCAACCCGCAUGGCUCGACCGGCUGGGGCCAGAACUUCACCGACGCCGUGUCCGGUGAUUGGGGCGGUCGUCCGUUUGAAGACAUCAUGAAGGGCGUCAAGUACACUUUGCUGCACAAUGAUUGGAUCGACCAGACCCGCGUCGGCGCCCUUGGCGCGUCGUACGGCGGUUACAUGAUCAACUGGAUCAACGGCCACACGGACAACUUCUUCAAGUGCCUGGUGUGCCACGACGGCAUGUUCAACACCCUGGCCUCCUACUACGCCACCGAGGAGCUCUUCUUCCCCGAGUGGGAGUUCAAGGGGACGCCGUGGAAGAGCCUGGACCUGUACAACAAGUGGAACCCGGCGGCGCACACGGACAAGUGGAGCACGCCCACGCUGGUCAUCCACGGCGGGAUGGACUUCCGGCUGCCGGUGACCGAGGGCCUGAGCGCCUUCACCGCCCUCCAGCGGCGCAACAUCCCCUCCAAGCUCCUUGUCUUCCCCAUGGAGAACCACUGGGUCCUCAAGCCCCAGAACAGUAUCAUGUGGUAUGACAAUGUGCUGGAGUGGCUUGACCAGUGGCUCAAGCAGUAA